AGUUCACUUCUUUACCUCGUCGCUCAUUUGGAAACAUCUUGUGCAGACAUGUCUUAUAUUCCUCCGCACAAGCGACACUCGAAGGAUCCCGUGAGGCCUUCCCCUUUUCCAGAAUCUCUAGUUACAAAAUUGAAGAAAAAUAACGACUUCAAGAGUAGCUUUGCUAAAAGCAAAGUUAUUACAUAUUCGAGAGAUUCCAUUUCCAAAUGGCUUAUUGUUAGCUCAAAUGGAAUAGAGGAUGAGGUUCCUCCAUCUGUUAAGCUUGUCCCAGUGUCUUCAGAUUCUUCUGAAUGCAGCAGAUAUGGAGAAACGUCUUUGGUAUUGAUUAACACUAGUUUACAUAAAGGUAACACUACUGAGGAGAGUGAAGAAGAAGAGAAAUCUCGGUGGAUGUUAGUAGCAGAGAAGGUUGAGAAUGAUAUUUUAUUUGCAUAUGAGCAAGCUAAGAAGGGAAUGGAGGAUUAUCAUCUUUCAGAUAAUGGUAAACUGCGAUUGGUUGCUAGGUUCGGUAAACUUAUCUUUUAUAGGCGCCAAGCUGGUCAUGUGACUGAAUAUUCGCAAGAAAACAUGAAUAUGAUAUUCUCUACGGAUGUCCCAACUUAUUUCAUACAAAACAUAAAGUCUAAGGCUAUUUCAAGCCAUGAAUUCUGUAUAGGCGUGGAAAAGGAAGUAUACGUUGUGCAGAUAUCGCAUAACACUCGUCCUUAUGUAACCAUCAGAUGUAAAUGUACCGUAAAGGAAGAUGGAAGCCUCAGUAUGUACAAGGCAAGUAUGAAUCCUCUAAGGCAUUUGGUUGUUGAUGUGUCCUGCAUUGACAAGAAUCUUGACAUGAGGCUUAUGGUCGCCGGAAAAAGGAAAAUUAUGAAUCUCACGGAGAAAGAGACACAUAACAUUCAAGGAUUAUUGGAUUCAGUGACGGUCGAUUCGAAAGAGGGAUUAAAGUGGCUGCUUGGUAAACCUUCGUCCUUAAAUGGAUACAAAAUAUUGGAAGUUUGUCACGUUAGAGCGACUACAUACAAAAACCGGACUCUAAGGCUAAGGGUCAGAGAGGCUGAUAGGUUUAAUGAGCGGUUUAGAACAAGGGAAGUGGAGAGGGGUGUGACUUUGAUACUUCAAGACAUCAACACUAAGUUACAGGAGCAGAACAUUGAGAGGGACUGUGUUUUAAAAAAGCUUAGAGAUGCUCUUGGAACUAUAUGGGACUUCUUGCAUUGUGAUGCCUCUCUUACGUCAUAA